AUGAAGUACGGGUUCCCCACAGAAGGCUAUUUCUAUAUCAAAUCCCUCAACAGCGACAAUGUCCUUGACGUGUUUAUGGGCGAGUUGACUUCCGAUUCUGCAGUGAUUGUCUGGCCUCAGAAAGGAGGAGACGAUAACCAAAACCAGCUAUGGAGAUUCGAUGAUGGUUUCUUGACCAACAAAAAGUCAAAUUUGGUUGUUGACAUUAGAGGAGGUGACUUGAAGGCAGACACGAUGGUUGUUCAAUACGAGCGUAAAUACACCAUGGCACACAACCAAAGAUGGGCUUACAGAGAUGGGUUCAUUUAUGUGAUUGCUGACCCACGUCUUGUACUUGAAAUUAAGGGAGGAAGUGGCAAGGACGGUAAUAGAGCCACCUUGGGUCUUCGCCAACCAGAAGAUAAUGAUAACCAGCAAUGGGUUAUUGAACCUUAUCAGGAAUAA